AUGAUAACGGAAAAAGAGGAUAUGAAAGUGAAGAAUGAAAAUGAAUUGAAUCUAGAAUACCGAAUUUAUACGAAACAUGAAUUGAGUAAAAGUGAAAAUAUUGUAAAGAUUAUGAGUAAUUCAAUGGAUUAUGUAAUACAAUGUUGUAAAUACAAACCUAUAGAAGAAAUAAAAAAUGAUUUAGAAAUAAUGAAAAAAACAAUUAAUAAUGAUGUAAUAAAAAUUUUAAAUAAUAAUAGUCAAGAGUUUAUGUUAUUACCUUCACAUUUACAUAAUAUUGAAAACAUUAUCCCCGUUUUAAAAAAAGAAAUAAAUAUAUCAAAUAUGUAUGUAAAAAAAUUAUUAAACGAAAUAAAUAAAAUAAAUAAAAAUAGGAAUAAUAUAUUUAUGAAUAAAAUAAAUAUAUUUUAUAUUAGACACAUAUUAAAGUACAAUCUAGAAAUCGAACAAUUAUUAAAUAAGCUACAAGCAUGCAUAUAUACUUUUGAAAAAUUAAACUUAUAUAUACAACUUGUGAAUUUUAAAAGGGGUAUAGAACAAAAUACAAAUGAAAUUAAUAACAAUUUACUAAAAAGUGAAAAAAAUAAUAAUUCUUAUAUGAUUUACUACCUUAGUGAAAAAAUAAUAAAUUUAGCAAAAGGAAUUUGGAAAAUUAAAGCAAUGUUAUACAAUAAUUAUAAACGAAUAAAAAAAAUAGCUAAUACAAUGGAUGAUAUGAAUAUACUAAUUCUAAAAUAUGGAACCUUAUCCAAUUGCCCAGACAAAAUAGUAAAUAUAACUCAAAAUUAUUCUUUUCAAUAUUUAAACAAUUAUUUGAUAAAUAUCAAUAAUCAAAUUGUGAAGUUGUUAGAACAAAUUUCUUUUGUCUUUUUUAAAAUCGCAAAAAAUGUGAUAAUUCAAAAUUUUGAAGAAGACUUUUUUUUUAAUCAAUCCAUUAAUCACAUAUUAAGUUCAUACUAUUUGCUGAAUUCUUUUGAUAUUUUUAUUCGCCAAUUCCAGGAUAUAUUUUUUGUUCACACAGAUUUUUCUACAUAUGAUAAAUUUUUGGAAUAUAUAAAAAUUAAAAUUAUUGACAACAAGUUUGUUAACGAAAUAAGCAGCCGUCUCGAUGAAAUAGAUCAAAGUAUAAACUUUUUCAGAAAAGGAAUUGUAGAAAAAAUACUAGAAAUUAUAAAAACACAUUUUAAUGAUAUAUUUUUAUUAAGAUAUUGUGAUGUGUUUAUUGAAAAUUAUAUAAAAACAUUAAAUUUUUUAAACGAUAUAAAAAAUAAGAGAAAUAAAUAUGAGCAGUUCAUGCUUGAAAAAGUGAUAAAUGAUUUUUUAACAAAUUUUGAAAGAGAAGCAUAUGAAAAAUAUAUAUUAAAUAUAUUAGAAAAUAAAAUCAAUGGAAGCUUUAAAAAUAUUAUUUUAUUUGAUAAAAAGUAUAAAUUUGAUAAUAAGUUUUAUUGGCUAAAAGAAACUAUUAAUUUGAUUAAAAUUUUUAAAAUACUUUUUACAGAUAAAUAUUAUAUAUCAUUUUCUCUAAAAAUUUAUUUGCGUUUUAUUCUUAACCACUUUAAAUCGUAUAUUAACAAUGUGAAAACCUUCAUAUCAUUUUUAAACAAUUCGAAUUGCAAACAUGGGAGUAUUACCACUGAAAUUGUAUUGGGAGCUGAUAAACUUAAUGGACCCAAUUGGAGCCCAACAUUAACAUAUAAUAGCAUAGGUUUUUUUUUAUCAGAUUUUUUAUCUCUUAGAAAUAUGCUCAAAACACAUUGCGAAAUAAAUCAUUUUAUCGAUGAAAACAAUAAAUUUUAUGUACCGCCUAAUAUUGGGGAUAUAUCUAUUUGGAUAUUUACAAAAAUUUUAACUGACUAUUCAAAUGCAUAUUAUGAAUAUGAUUAUAAUAUAGAUGGUGAUUUUGAGAACUUAUGUUCCCCCUUAGAUAAUAAAAAUGUAGAUCUUUUGAAUAAAAUUGAAAAUUGUAAUGAAGAAAACAAAUUAAAUACAGGACAUAAUAUGAUAAACAAUUUUAAUGAAAAUAAAAUCAAAGACAAACAAUUGAACGGAAUAAUGGAUGAAUGUAACGAUAGUAGUAGCGAAAGUGAUGAGGAUGUCGAUUUUUCACAACUAGCCAAAGAGAAUUUGAAUAAUAUAGAUAUUUUGCAUACAUUGGGUCAUGAUAAUAAAAAUAUUUUAAAAAAAAAAAAAAAAAAAAUUAAACAAGAUUUAUACAUAUAUAAAAAAAAUAAUAGUAAAAAAAUAAUUAAUGAUAUAAAUUGUAUAAAUGGAUUUUUAUUAACAUUAUCAAAAAUUGUUGAAAAUACACAAAACAAUUUUCAAGAAUUCUUUAUUAAUAAAAUGUUUGAAAUAUGUUCUAGCUUUUUAGUUUAUUUACAUUCAAUUUUACCUAUUUACAAAAUGACAAAUAAACGGGCCCCUGAAAAGCCAAGUGAUAAUAUUGACAAGAUUGUUCUUCCCUUAAUGUCUUUCAAAAGUUUUUACAGCGAUACAAUUGAGAAUGUUAUAAUUGAAGAUAUUAUAUCAAAAAUCGUUGACAAAAUAAAUAUAUAUUACCUUGAAAAGAUUAAGACAAUACUUGACGUCAAAAUUUGUGAGGAAAAUAAGAAAAUUAUAAAGUUGAACUUAUAUGAUGCUAUAAAUAGUGGCGACAUACCAUAUGAGGAAAAAAUACAGAGACAAUUAUUUUUGGAUGUUCGUCAUUAUGAAGAAAUUUGUAAUAAUAAUUUUAAAAUAAACAAAAAUACAAAUGCAAGUAUGAAUAAGUUGGUAAAUUAUUUCGAAACACUGAAUAAGGAAAUUAAAAUAUCACAAACUCAAGGAAAAGAAAAAUAA